UUUACCAGGGCAGCUAAAUCAGAACAUGGACACAACCAAACAUACUUGAUAGGGGGCUGGGGUUGGCACUAGGGCCUCCUACAGUUGCUGGGACACACACACACACACAAGCGCCCACAUUCAUGACGAGCAAGACACCAAGGAAAAACCUGGACGAUCCCUUUUGGUUCCUUACACCAAGGACUUUAGUGGAAUUUGAGUUCAUUUGGAUUACUUCCAGCACUGUGCGGCUUCUGGAUGACCUGUGAGGAUAUUCAAUGCACCUUUUUGCUGAUCCUGUGGAGGAAGACACAUUUUUUGUAAACGGGUGUCUGAGUGAGAGGAGACCGGGCGAACCAGAACAAACAAGCAAACACAAAACCCAGCAGCUCCCUCUUUGUGGAGACAGACGAAGAAAUCCAUCCUACUCUCACCUCUAGCAACUACCAAAAUGGUAUUUGAGAUGUAGUUGAAACUAAAUGGAAAUAGAACAAAGAAUUCCGUUUUUUCAUGUGGGAUCAAUAAACGAAGACAACAAGCAGCUGCAGUAGCUACUGCAGUGUCUCUUAUGAACUAAUACAGUGAAAGCUGCAUGGCACACUUUAGGAAGAUUAAAUAGCCUCCAGAAACAUUCCCUGGAAAGACGUUGUUGACUACAAGUGCCAUUUGGAACCAUCUGUCAGUCCCUCAGGAGGAGGCGAGAUGUCGAGGCCUCCGUCCUCCCAGGCCACGCCUCAGUUCUACAGGGUCAGCGACAGAGAUCUGACCGAGAUCGAGCUACAUUCUGUGGAUUCCAUCAACGACCUCCACCGAAUACACCCCGAACUCAGCCACAAAGGGGCGAGGCCUCCUCGUCCUGCUUACUCUCCCUCCUCGAACGGCAAUCUCUACACAAGUGACAUGACGACUGUCAAUCAAAGAGGUCGUCCGCUCAGCAGCAAGUGGCAGAGUCGUCUGCAGGACUUGCUCACACCCAGCUCCUCUCACGCCUACGCCAUGGGCUGCGCUAUCAUCACUCUGCUUCUCAUAACUGUAUUACUCAUCUUCUACUUUUUGGUCCAGCAGGGCGGUGCCGUUCAGAGGCUGACUGAAGCAGUUAGGGAGAAGCAGGCUGCAUCCACCCAGCUGUCACAGCUGAUCCAGGAGCUGCAGGCGCUGAGACACAACCUGACAGCCUUGAGAGGCGGGACAUAAAACGCCCUUAAUUGUGUAAUUCUCAAUGGAUUUGUCCUAAAUGUUAUGUAUGUUUCAAUCUCAAAUGACUGAUGAAACCGUUGACGGUUUCUGAAAACAUUUACACUCUUUCCUGCACUGGUAACUGUAUGAAAAUGAGAAUAUCUCAUAACAUUACAUCAAAUAACACACUUGAUAAUAUUCAAACGGUGAUUCAGCAUUAAUGGUCAUAGAUAUUUACCACGUGUUGCCAUUUUCUUAAGCUAAGAUGUUUCUAGUUUGUGCCUUGUAGCCGACAUUAAACGUGUGGAUCGACACACUCUAAAAAUGUCA